CGCCAGUAUCGAAAUGAACAGUGGCUCAGUAUCACCGAAUCCGUGGCGAGACGAAGAGUCACCUAGCAAACCUCAAGUUCUUCGUGUGCCUUCUUUGGACGUUACGGCAACAGCUUCCGACGGUGCUACUAAACGAUCGCAAGAGAAACCUCACACGAUUCAGUACACACCCGAACAAGAUAUUUUGGUUGAGUUUGAUCCAUUAGCAAGUCAAGAAGAAACGGACGCACGGAAAGCUUGGGAGAAUUCGGAAGGACGUCCGCUGCUACCGCCUCCAGUUCCAUCAAAGGAUGACGAUGAAAGGGAGGUGAAUGAUACGGGUAAAACAAAAGAAACUUCGCAGGAUGCGCCGGGAGGUUCCUUACCUUCUCAGCAGGGAAUAGUCCAUCCAUCUCCUUUGUCGUCGCAGCAGUCUGUAGCGAACGAAUUGACAUCGACUAGCGCUUUCCCAUCAUUGGCUGCACUCGCUCGAUCGUUCUCUAUCCCCUCUUUACCUCGACCUACGAGACCCGUGUCUUUAGACGCUGCAAAGUCGGUUCCAUCACCAAAUACGUUAUCGAGAUUUGCCGAGCAACAAGGUGACGCGUCGACGGCCACAGGCGCAACGGACUCGGAGAACAAGAAGCAGAAACAAAAGGAAAGCGGUGCAGAUGACGGAGGGGAAAGUAGAGCAGAAGAAGGGGAAAGUUCACGCCAACAAUUCAGCGGUACCACUGCUCGUGGCGAUGACACGAACGGAGAUCCACCUUUUGAUUUUCAAAAGUUCCUUGACCAGAUGAAAACGCGAAGUGCGGAGCCUGUGGCUAGAUACCUCAAUUCGUUUUUGGGCAACUUUGCCAAAAGGACGUUCACGACGCAUGAUCAGAUCAAGGUUAUCGGCGACUUUUUGAGUUUCAUUGCCAAACACAUGCGCGAAUGCGACAUAUGGCGGAUCGCGUCCGACGCGGAGUUUGACAAUGCCAUGGAAGGCAUGGAGAAGUUGAUUAUGAAUCAGUUGUAUCAGUUCACCUUCACACCCGCUAUCGCACAAGGUUCUUCCAGACGACAAAUCACCACCGACGAUCUAGAAAGGGAUCGUGUCCUUCAACAACGAAUAGCGCUGUUUGGUUGGCUGGAGGAGAAACAUCUAGAUAUUCCUGAAGGAGAGGGGAGCAAAGGUUUCUUGAUGUUUGCGGAGCAAGAAUUGCUCAAGAUCAAUCACUACAAGGCCCCACGGGACAAACUGAUAUGUAUACUCAAUUGCUGCAAGGUUAUAUUUGGUUUGAUACGACAUUUACGGAAAGAAGAAGGUGCCGAUUCAUUUGUGCCGAUCCUGAUAUUCGUCGUCCUUAAAGCGAACCCUGAAAAUUUGUUAUCGAAUGUCGAAUACAUCAACCGAUUCAGAAAUCCUGAAAAAUUGCUGAGUGAAGCAGGGUAUUACUUGUCUAGUCUGAUGGGUGCCGUAGCCUUCAUAGAGACAAUGGAUCACACGUCGCUGUCAUCUAUAACUCAGGAAGAGUUCGAAAGAAAUGUUGAAGACGCAAUACAGAAUCUACCCCCCUCCUCGCCAUACCCAUCAGUCAACUCUCCGCCACGAGGCUCAUCGCUCUCGAGCUCGUCCUCGUCCUCUUCCCAUGCUGGAGAAGAGUCCGCUCAACCCCUCUCACUUCCAGCACCACCGCCACCGCCAGGUCAGCCCAGUCCUGCGCAAAUGAUAAGUGAGGAUGCACGAAAGCUCUUGCAGAAGACAGGCGACACGAUAAGUAAACCUCUGAAUGCCAUCAGUCGAAUAUUCAACGAGGCACUUGACACAUUGGAGUCAACCACGUCCAACAAUCCCUCAGGAAGGGCAACGCCAACACAGGGUAACUCUGGUGGACGAUUCGCUUCGUACCUACCAGGGCCAUUCGCGCCAUUUGAGCUGGGUAAGGAAGGGAAAGGAGAAGGAGGGGGCGGUUUCCCGAUACCUUGGAAUCACCCUGAUGAAGUGAAGAGACACGUCCAGAGUGUUUCUUUACCGGUGUCGAGAACUGCGUCGCCUGGAGUACCGCAGACGCCUGCGAAUGCAGAAGGAUUACCGCCUCCUCCCAUUCAAACACCGUAUAAGCAGAGAGUGAGACGGGUCCCAUCACCAUCAGGGUCCGGUUCGUGGCCGGGGAGUCCUACAUCACCAGGGUAUUCAGUAGCAGAAACACCUUCACGACCUGCUAAAGGUCACGGUGCGACUGGUCCAUAUACCAAUUCUCCGUUAACGAUAGGACCCUCGCAGCCGUAUCUCGGGCAUGGGGAAGGAAUAUCGAGAACACCGACACCUUCGUUAGAUUUGGCAGGGAUGCAGGCUGAGAUUGACGCUGCCCAUGAGCAGGCUGCUGUUGCGGCAAGAGAAACGCUGACUCAGAUUUUCCCUAGUAUGGACAAGGAGAUUUUGGAGUUGGUCUUGGAAGCUAAUAACGGGGAUGUCGGGAAGAGCAUUGACCGUUUACUGGAGAUGAGUGCGGGCGACUAGGAAUGCUAAUACAUUAUCUCACUAGCGUUGCCGAGGAUUAUAUUGUCAAUCAACCUAGUCGAAUCUACGUAUAGAGCCCCGCUCAGAAUCACUGGCCGUUCCCUCGAAUUUCGAGUCUCCUCUGCCCCCAACUCAUCAAAUUCGUUCGCAUCGUUCAUCUGUAUGUAGUCCAGCUUCAACUUGACAUCUAGACCCUGUACUUGCACUUCAU